AUGCCUUUGGAGGCCAAAGAGCAAGAGUUUAAAUUUAGGCGAUUUAUUAAAUUGAGGGCUCAAGGAGUGACGCCGAGACAAAUAAUGGAUGAAAUCGAAAUAAGUAAAAAUACAUUUACUGAUUGGAAGAGAAUUGACGAAAAUGAAGAGCAAUUCCUGACAUUUCUAAAGCUUCCGCCGCCUAAUCGCAAGACAACACCAGCAGAUGACCGAUUGCUCCAUAGGGUUGCUCUACAAAACCAAUGGUCAAACUUGAGUGAAUUGAGACAAUUGCCGGCAAUUGCAGCAAACGAUCGUUUGACAGAAGUCAUAGUCGGGCAAUUAUACACCAUGGGAGUCAAACAUCGUAUUGCGGCUGAGAAAGAGUUGCUGACCGCUGUCCACACAGAUCGCCGUCUCCUUUACGCUACGAAUAUGAAGGACUGGACCGUAAUUGAUUGGGCUCGCGGUAUUUUCAUUGACGAGUUUUGCUACAGUACGGCAGACCGCGGCCGGACAUGGGUUUGGAGAGAAGUGGGCACUCGAUAUGACCCGCAAAACAUCAGACAACACGUCGUUUUAAUGUUUCAUUCAUUUUUUUAUGGCAUCGGUCCAAUACGACGUGUCGAAAGACUCAAUCAGGACUCGUACGCCGAUUAUUUAGAGAACGCGCUUAAGCCAUACAUUGAGUCUCACCCGGCUUUUGAAGAAGGUGAUGUCUUGUUGUUGCACGACAACCACCCUGCGCACACGUCAAGACAAGUGAUUGAUUGGAUUAACACAAAUUUUAGAAAUUCCCGUGAUUUUGUGUUUCCACACCCAAGCCGGGGCGAUCACCCGAUGUUUGGUCACUUAUCGGGAGUGUUGAAACUGGUUCGGGACUCCGAUGUCAAACAUAUUGGCUGA